UUUCUUCCUUCCGUUCUUCGUCUUCUCUGCAACUCCAACAUUUUUUCCCCAUAACCACAAAAAUUAAUUAAAAAAGGCUUUAGGUUAAAAUGUGCUAAUUAGAAAAGAAAAAAAAGAGAAGAAAUAAAUAUAAAAAAAGAACGAGGUUCAAAUGGCAAAUUGGAUCUCCUCCAAGCUCAAAGUUGCUGAAACUCUCCUUCAACAGAUCGAUCAGCAAGCGGCGGAGUCGCUUAAGAAGAAUGAGAAGCCACUUUCUGAUGAGAUUAAAAUUGAUACUCCGACGAAAACAGGUGGGGUUGUGUCUUUAAAGGAUCAAUUGAAAAAGAAACCACAAGAGAAUUAUGAUUAUCAAGGGAAAUUAUUCAGUGAUCAAAAUGCUAAAGUAUCUAGUAAUGAUGAUAGUAAUAGUAAUAAGGCAGUUAAUGUUCCAAAUCUGGACAAAGAGGUUUCGAGUUCGAAAGCUUCCGUGAAACGUAAGACUUCGCUUACAGAUAGUGAUUGGACUGAACUUCUUAGUACACCAAGUCAUGGAACCGGUUCUUUGGGGAACACUCGUGGUAAUGUGGUGUCUGGGAUUCGGGGAUUGGGGAAGGAUGCACGGAGGAAAGGAAAAUUAGGGUCUAAUUCGUUGUCGUUGGAAAGGAAGAAGAAUGAGAAAAGCGAUGUUAGUGCUAGCAAGUCUGUGAGGAGAUCAGAUAUUGUUUCUGGAAAUAAGUUGAAUGGGAAGCCAAAUGAAGGUGAAGAAUCGAGCUCUUCAGGGCGUGCUUCUAAUAAUAGCAUUGAUAUACAGAAUGAUGGUAAGACUUUGGAAGGGUUGAAAUUGAAUCACGAGGUCACUGAUUCAAUCUCUAUGGUGAAACUGAAAGAUGACAUGGAUGAAGAAAAUGGUUGGCAAUUGGAUUCUGGAGACCUUCUGUCUGAUGCUGAAGGGUUGUCACGAUCUGUAAGCAAGAACCAUUUGCCUCCAAACAUGCCGGAAUUGGGAAAUACUGACGGGGUACCUGAUGUGAAAAUAGGAAUGCCUGAUGCUCACGAUCAGUUGGUAACUACUGUAAGUGAGAAAUCCAAGUCCACCGGUUCAUCCAGAAGUUUAGUCUCCAAUGAUGUGAAAAGGACCUCUCAGCCAACAAGUGAUGGAAGCUCUGAUUCAGAUUCUGAUUCUGAUUCUUCGUCUGGCUCUGAAAGUGAACUUGAGAGGGAGGAAAGGAGGAGGAGGAAGCAGAGGAUUUUGGCUGAGCGAGCAGCAGCCAAAGCUAUUGAAGCUAUCAAAGAACGAGAGAAUAUGAUUGCGAAAUUAGAGGGAGAGAAGCAGAGCUUAGAGAAAAUACUUGAGGAAAGAGCCAAACAACAAGCAAAAGAGGCUUCAGAGCUACAGACAACUAUGAUGGAAAUGAUGGAAGCUGUUGAGCUAGAAAAGCAGAAACAUAAUAAUACUAGAAUGGAAGCCCUCCAGCGAUUAGCAAAGCUAGAGACCAGAAAUGCUGAUCUUGCAAGAUCACUUGCUACUGCACAGAAGAAACUUGAAGUAGAGAUUAAUCAGAUAGCAGAUCUCCGACAACAGAUAGAGUUGAAAGAAACAGCCCAUGAAGAACUGAAGAGGAGGAUCUCUAGUAGUUAUCAGAGCGGAACUUAUCCAAACCAAUUAGCCGCUUCGAAGGGAAUUGAAUUCGAAUGUGAAAUACUUGAGGCCGAGUACUGUCUUGUCAUUGAUAAAAUUGGACGGCUGCAGGGCAAGGCAAAACAACUGGAAGCAAGCAUUGAAUUGACAAGGAAAGAAAUGGAGGACCCAACAGAAGUAGAAGUUGAGCUUAACCGAAGGCUCGGACAGCUAACUGAUCGCUUAAUUCAGAAACAAGCCCAGGUUGAAUCUCUCUCUUCCGAGAAGGCAACAUUAACGUUCAGAAUUGAGGCAGUUUUGAGGAUGCUGGAUGAGAACAGUUCCGUGAAUACAAGCGAUGCAGCAUCAAGCGAUUUGGAAUCUGGAACAUGGGAUCUUUCCGAUUCGAAGUUGAAGCCUCUAUUCAAGGACAAAAUCCGUUCAGGCAAAAAACAACUCGGAUCUAUAGUGAAGCAGUUAGAUGCUAUAUUCGUGGCCGGUGCAAUAUUCCUAAGAAGAAAUGCUGCAGCAAAACUCUGGUCUCUGGUCUACUUGGUAUGCCUUCACUUUUGGGUCUUGUAUAUUCUGAUGACACAUUCCCAACCGUCGGACGAAGGCCGAUCUGGUGCUGUCAUGUCCUUGGAAAACAUCAACAACACUGCAAGCGGGUAAAUUUGCCGUUUAAUGUAUUGAUUGCCAUUUCUUGGCCUUAAAAACAUUUUGAGAGGUCGUAAUUUAUAUAUUUGUGCAGUGUUUUUGUUCCCCCUAUGAAAAUCACAAACAGAUUUGUUGCGAGUUAGAAGCACUAUUAUUCGAAACUAUUAGUGAGAAAUAUACAUGCUUUUACAUUC